AUGCUUAGAACAUUCCGGUUUAAGACUCCAGCCUUACGGUUGAUCAUUAUUUACCCAUAUGGUUUAGAUCACAAUGAUGACAAAUUAAAGAAGUUUGCAGCCAACAACAAAACCACGGUUCAAUACCACAAACUGUACUCCAACCCGUUAACUCCUGAAAUUAUGAACCAAACGUACAUUUCACACAACUUGACACUCUAUAAUUCACUAAGUCCUGCUAAUAAGUUUUGCGAGGAAAUAGAAGACAAUGCUCAAUUUCAAAUUUCACAAUAUCAACGAUUGCUGGAUGAUUUCGUUGAAAUUAUUAAGGUAUUGAUUGACCAAUUGGAAAAUGAUGAGCCCUUUAGGGGGUUGUGGGGUUUCUUCCAGGGUACGCUAGAUAAUUAUACCGAUGAAGAAUCUUUGCGGAAACAAUUCUACAAGUUUGCUGGAACUUCAGUUUGGUUGGAAGAAUAUGGUGUACAUUUAAUGGUCAGUAGAGUAUCAUUUUCAUAUACAGGAAUCAAAUGGGACCCACAAAUUUCCUUAUUGUAUGUACAAGUCUACGAUAAGAAUUGGACAGAGUUACAUGACGUUGAUUUGAUUAUUCCUAUUAAAAACCCUAGUAAUUUACAAAGAGAGUACAAAAAGUUCACUUUCCCUAGAUUCAUGCCAAUUCCAUUCUAUUACAAUUCCAACUUAAAGACAAAAAGAUGGCAUGGGCCUGAAGACGCAAGAUUAUUCUUAAUGAAAAAUGAAUAUAAUGAGACAGAGCCAGCUUUGCUCUUUAAUGCUUAUCAUAGAAAACCCGUGAAGAGUUCCAUUUCCGGUGAUGACAAAUCUGCCAACACAAAAUUUGAAAUGUAUAGGUCCAUGUUCAUUGGUUACUUAUUCCAAUUUCAGCUUGGGAAAACGAAUACAGAUGGGACAAUAGACGAAAGAUUUGAUCACAUACAAUAUAAUAAGGUGGUAGAAUUAAGAAUCAAAUCAAGGGAAAGAAGAAAAAUCGAAAAGAAUUGGACUCCAAUUAUCGAUCCAAGAGAUACCGAAAACAUAAAUUUGAUAUAUGAAUGUGAAAAUCUAACGAUUCUUAAAUGUCCAUUGAAGACUGUUUACAAGGGGGAAAUCAUCUGCGACAUCAGCUUUAACCAGCUGAGGUUGUUUGGGAAAAUAGGUAAAAUUAGAGGAGGAACAGAGCUUAUCCCAAUAAUAAACCAAAAUGACACCAGGAAACAAUCUUGGAUUGGAUUCUUGCGAUCUCAUAUAAAGUCUUGCGGGUGCGGGAAUUCAAUGUACAGGCCAAACAUCAUUGUAUUAACCAGAAUCCUAGACUCAUACAAAAUCACUCAUUUAUCAAGUUCCGUUUCCUUUGAUAUACCUGUCACUGGUUCGAAAAAUUCAAGUAUUGUAUGUGAUAAAAAGGGUCCGAAUGCUUUAAUGCCAAAUGGAAUUUCAAUGUGGGAAAUCGAUCCAAAAACAGGUGUUGAUUAUUUAACAUUAUCUCUAUCCGUUGCUGACGAGAAUAAUAAUGUGUUGCAUAUAACAGGGAUCAAUUCUCUUUUAGAUGACAUCCAACGUAAAUCAGAGGGUACUGAAUACUUUGAAGAUGAAGAGACACAUCAAAGCAUGUUGCGAUGCGGUAAACUAGCUAGUUAUAUCGAUGAAGAUUUUUUACAGAAAUAUUUCUUCAAGUUUGCUGGUACGUCAGUUUGGUUGCAGGAAUAUGGUGUACAUUUAAUGGUCAGUAGAGUAUUAUUUUCUUAUACAGGAAUCAAAUGGAAUCCACAAAUUUCCUCAUUGUACGCACAAGGCUACGAUAAGAACUGGGACGAGUUACAUGACAUCGAUUUGAUUAGUCCGAUUAAAAACCCCAGUAAUCUACUAAGAGAAUACAUACUGGAACUUACAUAG